UUGUGCCCUACAUGUUGCCUUGUAAGGUGUACGCAAAUUACGCAGAUCUGAUUUUGUCCAUACACAAGGAAUGGUUGUAAGGUCAAAGAUGACGUAAGUUCUCUACGUAAAACGCGCAGAAACCAAAAGGCAUGUCACGAAGGGAGGCGUAAUAGGAAAAGGGAAUCGCAGCGACGUACCUUUUCCGGGAGAAAUAAUGUUCUGGGGGGUGGGCCCAUUUUCUGGGACCUGAUGCCGCCGCUGCCAGGCUAUGAAAGACUGGCUAACGUGAUGGUGAACGGAGGGCUCUCCGGUGAAUUCUACGGGUAGCCCAGUUCCCAAUCUCACCGGGUGCGUUGAAUAUAGGCUACAGAUUGUGAUAAACGCCGACAUGAACGGGAAAAGCCACCUAGUCAAUGAACUGCUACAGCCGACGACGUGUUGCAACAAACCCAGCCUGUGAAGGGAACAACGCGCGUUGACAUAGAUCUUUGGUGGACACUGUUGGACGGUAUGUGCGGAGCCCAUUGGUCAGAUAGACUACCUGUGGGACCUUCCAAUUCUAAAUAUCCGUCAAUAUAUAGAUUUAGAUCCUGGGUUGUCUGCUGCAAUUACGCCUUUGUAGUAAUUUAUUUCAUCGGAAGGACAUUGACAUUCUGAUCAUAAACCGCUGGUGUCUUGGAUCGAGCAGUUUUCCUUUGAGGGAUAUGGGACAGCGGACGGAACCGGUCUUUUUGGUUUUGACAAGGCAUCUUCAAAACACAGGGCAGUGAUGCCUGGCAUGGUGAUGUUUCGGCGGCGCUGGUCAGUCGGGAGCGAUGACCUGGUGCUGCCCGCACUCUUCCUCUUCCUGCUGCACUGCAUCUGGCUGGUGGUGCUGUCUGUGGUGCUAUUCGGCCUGCCGUACGGCUCGGAACAGUCCUGUACGGUGACACUGGUGGACCACGGGCGCGGCUACCUGGGAAUACUGGUCAGCUGCCUCAUUUGUGAGAGUGCCAUCAUGUGGCUGAGCAUGCGCGGCAGCAUCCUGUACACACAGCCCAGGGAAGCAGUGCAGUACGUCCUUUAUAUACGCCUUGCCAUUCUGGUAGUAGAGCUGGUCUAUGCAGUGGUGGGCAUUGCCUGGCUCGUCCAAUAUUACCAACCAUGCUCUGAUGUCACCGCCAAGAACGUGGCCCUGGGGAUCGUGGCAUGUAACUGGAUGGUGAUCUUCAGCGUGUGCUUCACCCUUAUGUGCACCUUUGACCCCACGGGGCGCACCUUCGUGAAGCUCAAAGCCACCCGCCGGCGCCAACGCAACCUCACCACAUACACACUCAGACAUCGGCUGGAAGAGGGCCAGGCCAGCAGCUGGAGCAGGAGACUCAAGUUCUUCAUGUGCUGCAGCAGGGCCCAAGACACGCAGUCGGAUGCCUACUCUGAGGUGGCCAGCCUGUUUGCAGAGUUUUUCCGAGACCUGGACAUUGUGCCUAGUGACAUUAUUGCUGGUCUGGUUUUGCUCAGGCAAAGACAGAGGUCCAAAAGAUUCUCAAUCCUGGACCAGGCAAAUAAUGACAUUUUGGCCUUCCUUUCCGGAAUGCCUGUCACUCGCAACACGAAAUACCUUGACCUCAAAAACUCGACGGAGAUGGGCAUGUACAAGGAGGUGUGCUACUACAUGCUGUUUGCCCUUGCUGCAUAUGGCUGGCCCAUGUACCUUAUGAGGAAGCCUGCUUGUGGGCUGUGCCGUCUUGCCAGUUCGUGCCCAUGUGUGGUGAAUGGCUCCCGCCUGUCCCAGAGUGUGACUGGUGAGGAGGACAACUGUUGUGGUUGUAACGUCCUGGCCAUCCGCAGACACUUCCUGGAUAGGGAACUCAAGCAGGUCCACAUUGUCUACACUUCCUGCCAUGAUGCUGUGUAUGAGACGCCAUUUUUUGUGGCAGUGGAUCAUGGCACCAAAAAGGUUGUGAUCAGCAUUCGAGGGACCUUAACCCCAAAGGACGCCCUGACUGACUUGACUGGGGACUCUGAACGUCUUCCUGUGGAGGAGCAACAAGGAAACUGGCUGGGACACAAGGGGAUGGUUUAUUCAGCCGAAUACAUUAAGAAGAAGUUGGAGCAGGAAAUGAUCCUGUCACAAGCCUUUGGGAGGGACUUGGGUAAGGGCACCAUGCACUAUGGUCUGGUGAUUGUGGGACACUCUCUCGGUGCGGGCACCGCUGCUAUCCUGUCCUUCAUGUUGCGGCCUCAGUACCCCUCCCUCCAGUGCUACUCCUACUCUCCACCUGGCGGCCUUCUCAGUGAGGAUGCCAUGGAGUACUCGAAAGACUUUGUGACAUCUGUGGUGCUGGGCAAAGACCUGGUCCCAAGGAUCGGCCUCUCACAGCUGGAGGGGUUCCGGCGCCACCUGCUGGAAGUCUUACAGAAAAGUAACAAGCCUAAGUGGAGGAUAAUCGCGGGCGGCACCAAAUGCAUUCCAAAGUCUGAGCUUCCUGUCGAGGAGGAUGUGGUCCAAGUCCAACCUGCUGCCCCCCCAAAUAGCCGCCUCUGGCUCCACCCCAGUGACCUCAGCAUCGCCCUGUCGGCCUCCACGCCUCUCUACCCCCCGGGCAGGAUCAUCCACGUGGUGCACAACCACCCUCCAGAAACCUGCUUUGGCCAGGAGGAGCCCACCUACUCAGCCCUGUGGGGGAACAACAAGGCCUUCGAUGAGGUCAUCAUCUCCCCGGCCAUGCUUAACGAACACAUGCCUCACAUGGUGAUGGAGGGCCUAAACAAGGUGCUGGAGAAUUACAACAAAGGAAAGACUGCUUUGCUGUCUGCAGCCAAAAUCAUGGUUAGCCCCACGGAAGUGGACUUAAACGCAGAGACCAUCUUCAUGGGUGCCUCGACAACUUCACACCAACCCACGCCGAUCGGCCAGCACCGGCGGAACAGCAGUGUUCGCCUAAAAGAGUUGUCACGCUCCUGUGCCCACUCCGAGCUCUCCCUUGAGGGCUUUUCUGAGUGCCCUCCCCCCCCGGCGCCCGUUGUGCUGCGGGGGGCCCGCGAGCGCCUCACCGUGGAGCUCCGGGGGGGCAAAGCCCCGCUGGCCGUCAUGGAGAGCCUGUCGGACGCCGAGUCCGUGUACAGCCUGGACUCCCGGCGCUCCUCGGCCGCACUGCGGGGCUCUCCCAUGCUGGCUUGCCUCCCCUUCCCCCUGGAUGCCCCCAUCCCCGAGGAGAACCCCUCCCUCAGCUCGCGCACCGAGCUGCUGGGGGCCGACUGCCUGUGCCCGGGCACUCCGGAGCACCUGGGCGAGUCGGGACCCUACUUCGCCUCCUCGGAUUCCGUAGCCAGCCCCGAGUACGGCAUGCGCCUCUCCCCCGGCACGGCGCACUACGGCGGGAACCACUGCCUAGCUCUGCGGGGUCAGGGCGCGACUCAGGCUUCUCCUCCUUCACCUCCUCUCAAUGCCGGGUUCGGCGGCGGCCUCCAGGAGGACGGCUGCGCUGUGAUGCCCGCCGUCUACAGUCCGAGGAGCACUCCUCCCCAUCAGCCGAGUCCUCCGGCUGGCUGCAGGCCCGCAGACUCCUCAGACGGGGAGGACUGGGCCACAGAGAAUGGCCAGUCGGGUGUGGAAGCGGGGCUGGCGGCGGCCUCCUCCACCCCCGAUACGCAACUGUCCAAUGGUAACCCGAGCCAGGCGGUGCUGGAGUUUGCCCAGUAUCUGGACUCCCUGUUCAGGUUGGACGGCAGCAGCUCCCCGCCACUGGAGCUGUCCGACGGGGAGUCCGAGUCGGGCCGCGGCUCCUACCUGGAGCAAGAGGAAGGUCUGGGUGAAGGACAGUCUAUGGACGAUAAGCGGCUUCUGGCCAGAGCCAUAGUGGAGCCCAACUUGGUUCCUAAGCCCCCUCGCACUUUUGCUGGAUCCGCGGACCCUUCCUCUGGCAUCUCCCUGUCCCCUUCCUUCCCCCUCUCUUCGUCCGGGGAGCUCAAUGACCUGUCCCCCGGUGAGGGGGCCACACACUCUCUACGAACAUCUCCUCCCGGCCACUACCCUGAAGAGAAUACUGUAUCAUCCAUGGUGUGAGGAACCGCCUAAACUCCUGCCCUAACUUUAUAUGAGAGCAUCCAUCCGAUAUUCAAAAAGCAUAUCACAGAAAAUGCAUGCGAUGGAAUGCAGUCUGUCAUACAAGUCAUGUAUCAGAGACACAACAACAGUACCAAUAUUGACUGAUCUAUAAACUCUUCAUUUUUUUCAGGUGUCUUUUAUGAAUGCUAUGUUGAGCAUUUUUCACACUUUUGCAACAACUGUAAAGAACAAAAUUACAUUCUGCAUGCCAGAGAACAGUGCUGCUUUUUGGGUGAAUUAUUGUAGCUUUUCAUUGCCAUUCCAAUUCAAUACUAUCUCACUCCAUCAAGUGAGCAUUACAUAAGCAUGAUAUUCAUUCAAUGACAAGACAUAACUCAAUUGAAUUGACAACUGUGCAGGGAUUUAAACAAUUUAAACAAUGACAGCAACAUCAACAACCAGACACUGUAGAAGAGGUUAGAAUAGGCACACUGUUGUAGUUUAUAUACCGUGUACUUUUCUGGACCCUUAGCAACCUGGCUCUACAUCCAGGCCUUACUUUUAUUUUAAUCAAGAAUGUGAAACGCAAGAGAAAAUGAUGAUCAAACAAAGGGAGGAUGAUGGAAAAUAUGCCUCAGGUUUACCGGGAAUCGUCUUGUGGGACGAAAAGAAGUGUUCUUUAUUGAUGAAAAUUCAUGUGUCUUAAAAUAUUGAUAGAUGAGAUAUUGAAAGAUGUUAUUCAGAUCUUUUGAUUCUUUCAGUUUUGCCAUUUGUGGUGCAUGAUGUUCUUUUUGAAAGUGCUACUAAGCCACUUAACAAUUCACAUUUAGAUCAUCUCGCACAUCUCCAAAUGCUUUAUUUGCCCCUUUGCCAAAAAAUAAUGCAAUGUAUUGCCAAAUGUAUUUAUGAGAUAUAAUAUUAUGUAUGAAUGUGAAUAUUGUUCAAGUUAGGUAGACGGCAUUCAAGCUGAGCCCACAGGAGAGGAGGAUUUACACCACACGUUAUCUGCCUCUUCACCGGUCAAUUGUUUUUUCUCGUGCCCAUCGUGUGAUGUAGCCGCCCCAUAGAAAAGGAUAUCCUGACCUUGUCUCACUGCCAUGGCGCCAAUUCCAGAGACUGGAAACCCAUCCUGUAUCUCCAGUUCUCAACAUCUAACUGACAAGCAUCUUAACUACCACACUGUUGUUGUUGUUUUUUGAUGCAGUUGUACUUUUUUUAGUAUGUUUUGAUGGGUCCCACUGGUGAUCAGAGAAGCAGGUAAACUCACUCAAGUCGGUUCUACCUAUCAGGUCAAGGUCAAAGUCAAGGCGCUAUUGGUAAAUGACUGCCUGUCUGAAACAAAAACUGAAUGAGGGAUUUACUAAGAGGCUGGUUCACCAGGCAUUUACCUGUGAGUGAAGCAUCCUGGGAGAUGUUGUGUCGUGGUGGAGGUUGUGUAGAGAGUGUUAUUUCUUGUCAAGGUGCUAGCUCUUGACGCAUUUACUUCCCUUUAAAAAUGGUUCAACACAAGCAACCUUGGGUGUCUGACCGGAGAAUACAUAUUGGUCUGCUCUAUGGCAUACGAUCUUCCAUAUCAUUUAAAUGAUUGGUUCGCAGUUUGCGUUAUUUAUUAUCAUGAAUGUCAUCAUCUUUAUUGCUGUUAGAUGGAAUAUUAUACUUAUAUUACUUUUUUGAAACAGGUUGGAUUUAUCUUCUGUAAGUGUUAUUUCAGGGAGUUAUGGGGAUUUUCUUUUGUACGAUUUACACAGGAAUAAAAAACGAUCAAUGUGGAUUUUAUUUUGUUUGGUUCCAAUUGAAAAGUAUGAGACGUGUCAAUGCAUGGCCAUAUUUUUAUUUGUUUUUAUCAAGUCAAGGUGGCGACAAUGCUCUAUAAUUAAAGCCACCUCACAGUGAGCUAUAUUAUAUUCAGUUAUACACACCAACAAAGCAGUAUCAGGUAGUUGCACUGUUAGGAACUGGAUUGUGGGAAGACGAAGCAGCCAUGUUCUUACCAGUUUACAGACACCAAAUGUAUUCAUUGUGUCAGCUCCAGUAAUCACAAGAUGUCACUUUUGUACAAUAGCUUUGCUUUCUGGAGUCACAAGCCAAGCAUUACUGAAAGAAAACCCUACUGUAUAGUACAUCCUCACAAAGACAUGCACAGCACUGUCUGUUUUUGUGUAAUUAUUUAUGCAGAUCUCUACUUAAAAAAAGAAAUUCCAAAUAUAAUAAUCUAGGAAAUCACUGUAUUAAGAGGAAGAGAUAUAUUAUAAUCUAUAUCAAUAUUGACAUAUAAAGUUUAUAGAAAAAAAGAAUAUAUUUAGACAGAACUAUAACAGAUCAAACUAUUGGCAGAAUUUAAUAGAUUAGGAAAUUGGUCUGUAUUUAAAGUAUUCAGAAUAAUUCAACUCUGUCUUGUCCAUGUUUACUUGGUUUGCUUCCCUCCCCUCCUUCCCCAGAAUCAGAAUGUUUCUAAUCUUUCCCUUCCCUCCCUACCCCAGAAUCAGAAUGUAUCUAAUCCCUCCCUACCCCAGAAUCAGAAUGUUUCUAAUCCUUCCCUUUCACUGCCCUGCCUGUAACGGAAUAAAGCAAAACCAACUACCAAGACUCAUCUGUCUCUGCGAUCGUCAUGUUUGUUCGAAGUGAAGUCUUUUUUAUGUUUUUAUUUAUUUUUUAAUUUAGAAUUUGCACAACCAGAUUAUUUAAGAUUGUCAACCUCUUGUUUUGUGUCUAACCAUUAGUUUCAUCCAUCAAUUUUGCCUACACUUUGCACUAAUUCAAGAAGUGCUUCAAGAUAAUCUACAAACUGAACAUAACAUGGCCUAAUGCUUAGUCCUUUGAUUCUUAAACUUGUUUCCUUCAUGACAAACCAUAUGGUAUAGUUCAUCCAUCCUCCUCAGCUGUGAAAAUGUCAUGGUUGAAGUAUAGCAUAUUAUUGAAAUGAAGGAAAAAGUCCUCAAAAGGGACAUAGCUUGAGGGUGUGGUCUUACUCCAUAGCAAGGCAGCAAAAAAAGGCUUGUUUUAAAGAGUAUGUUUUUGAACGUGAUGUAGGUAGGCUACCAUGGAGCUUGUCACGUUCCUGUUGUC